AUGAACGAAUCCAAUAACAGAGAAAGAACCCGACAACGUAGAGGUAACAACGACGUAAUCAACAUUGAAGAUAGCGAAAGCAAUAACUUUAUCGUCAAUGACGAUGGUAUGUUCAUCGACGAUAAUGACUCGUUAGAGGAUGAAUGUCUCACUCCAAAAGACGAUGAAGAUAAUACCAACUCUAGAAGAAAGAGAAUAGAUAGAUUAAAUAGAAGCGAAAAUAAAAAUAUGGCUAACGAAAGAGGAGAGUCCAAUAAUGGUAGCGCUAGCUUGGGUCGCGGCGUCAACAACCCGCAUGCGCAGCAACAGGGGCACGAACAGUACGGCCAUCGACACCCCGAAGGCAGCAAUUCCAGCGUACUGAUAAAUGGCGUUCCGUCGGAGGGCGCAUUGCCCCAUAGCGACCUCCCGAAUAGUGGCCCUCCCAAUGGCACAACGCAGAGCAUGACGAGCAAUAUCCGAAACGAGCUCUUCGUUUUUAACGGAGACAACAUCUUGGGUGGCUGUGACGGCACAGGGAGCAGCGCUAUACGCGGCGUGAACCAGGGAUCACUGGACGGUAUAGCGGCAAACGUAGCCACGAACUUAGCUGCAGGUAUCUCCACCAACAUAGGGCCCAACUCGCAGGAGUGUGAUAGCAGAAGGAACGAUCCCUUGAGCCACAUCCACGGGGCCGAGAGGGACAACGUGUUCGUGAACGGAUCCAGUAACUACUUCCUGCAGAACGGAGUGCACGCCGAGAGCAACCACGCGGACGAAGUGAGAGAUGCGCGGGAUGACGCGAUGGGGGAGGAGCAUCAUCAUCAGCAGCAGGAAGAAGAAGAACAGCGGCAACAAGAGUCGCAACAGCCGCAGCAACUGCAGCAGCAGGAACAGCCCGAGCAGUAUGAAGAACUGAGCCAAGAAAACCACGCGAACGCACUGAUGCAAGGAGUCGAAUUGAGCGAAGUCAGGGCAAGAGAAAAUAUUAAAAAGAAGGACGACGAAGUGGAAAGAAAUAUGUUGCACAUGGUGGAGAGUGAUUCACUAAGUGACGAACUGGUAGUGGCAGCAAUUCUUAACAAUGAUAAUCAGCUUGAAUCUGGCUCCCAUCUAAACACAUUAAAUAGCGCAGUAGGAGCAGUAUCUACAGGAGAUGCUUCCAUCCCAGGGGUAGCAGCACAAGGAUCAGCAGUAGCUCUUUCCACAGGAGGAGGACUAACCGUUCAAGCUUUAAUACAGUGUUUGAAAAGAGAACUGACUUGUCCAAUCUGUCUGGAUUAUUUUUACCUCCCCGUAACGAUGAACUGUGGACACACCUUUUGCAGAUACUGCAUCGGCCAUAACAAACUGAAUGGAAAAAAUUGCCCUCUGUGUCGACAAGCCCUAGGGCACACCGUAUGCAUCAACACAAUUAUCUCCAACCUAGUACGCGUAUAUAAUUUGAGAAGAAAAUCCAUCAAGGUAUACAAAUCGAUAGAAAUAGUAAACACAGUGGAUGAAAUCUGGUGGAAUGAAAAUUUCAUUAAACCCCAAGUUAGUGUACCCUUAUUUUUACGUAUCUUUCUGAACGAUAUGAUUUCCGUGCCUGUCUUCUUUGACGACCUGACUGCCUGCAUUGUCGACUUCUUCACCGUCAACAAUCUGUGGUCAAAGGCCAAGUGGGUAUUUAACAUAAACGACUGUAAAAUGUUUAGCGAACUUAUUGGCUACGAUAAGGACAACAAGGAAGUAACGAAUGACAGGCUACAUGCCUGGGUGGAGAACUAUAUCACAGAGAACCCAUCCAUGUGCAUUAGGAAAGAUGAGAAAAUUAUUUUAAAGAUUAUUCAGGAUAGAACCCAUAAAAUUGAUAGCCAAUUUUUCGAUUCCUCUGCACUUCCCAAUAGAUUGCCAUGGGAUGGGGGGAGACAUGUUAAGAGCUUAAUACAUAUGCCCCAUUCGUCCGUCUCGCUGUCACACCUAAUAUUUGUCAAGGCAGAAAAUAACAACAUUGGUGUCGUCGAUUGUGGGUCGACUAUUGGUACCAUGAUAAAGGUGAACACUAACCACGUACUGAAAGAAGGGGACAUAAUCCACAUAGGAGACCGGAUUGAAGUUACCGUGUCUAUAGAAAAGAACACGAUAGGUAUGCCUUACAAAGGAUAUGUGUGGAAUAAGAAGUCCAAUAAGGUGCUUGACAGACACGAGUUAAGCGAGCUGAUGAAGGGGAAGAGCAAGGAAGGAGAGAGAGAACCAGAAGCGGGAGGAGCAGCCGGAGCAGAUGUUAAGCAAAACGAAGAUGACGCUGAACAGAGGGAAGAUGUGCCAGCUGAAUCGAGAGUGGAUCACAGUGCGGAACGUCCCCAAGAACGGCUCUCUGAUGAGAUCUCAGAGCGAGGGGCGGAUGCACAGGAUUCUGCCAAUAACGUGGGCGAAGAUAACCUGCCAUCCUAUUGUGAAAUCAUCGAAUCCAAUUUGCUAAUUAAAUUCGAUUUUGGAACGGUAAAAGAUGAAGUCAAUUUAAAAACGGAGUAUAUGGAUCCCAAGGGAGUCGUCCUAGGCAGAGGUCCAUAUGCGCAGUCAAGUUACAAAAAACUGUCCGUUACAAAUUCGAAUGGUUAUGUAUCUAGAGAGCACUGCUUAAUAUACUAUGAUGGAAACAAGCCCGUUGGAGAAAGAUGGCUUCUGAGGGAUACUAGUACCUUGGGAACGUUCUUAAAAAUCCCGCCCUUCUCAGAACCCGUCCCUUUACCUGUGGGUUCUAUUUUUAAAGCCGGACAAUGCAAAAUUGAAGUUUGUUCUCGUGACAGUGCGCAAUUUACACAACACCCUGCAAGGUCCAUUUCGCUACUCAACCCGAACAAUCGACCGAACAUGGGCCCACCCAACCGAGACGAUGGCAGGAACAACAACAAUGGGAAUGGAAAUCCGAACAAUCAGAACAAUUCGGGUGGGGGCCAAGGAAGUGGCGGAACAGGGGGAAGCGGCGCAAGCGGCCGUGGUGGAAGUGGCAGCGGUGGUGGUAGCGGUAGCGGUAGUGGUGAAGGCAAUGAAAGACGAAAUGGCAGACAAAGCCGCGGAGGCAACCGUCACAACAGUGGAAGAAACAACUACCGUAAUCAAGAGAGCCUUGGGGCCAACCAUCACAGCAAUGGAAGAAACAACUACCAUAAUCAAGCGAGCCUUGGGGACAACCAUCACAACCUCAUGCUUCCCAGGUGCGGAGAAAGAAUAGAGCCCAGUAGUAAUGACAGCAGUAGUGUAGAGAGCUUGCGAUGGUAUGACUAUAGGGGACAGUACCACCACCACCCCCUUGAUGAACAUAAUGGAGGAGGCGGUUACUGGAUAUUUAAUGGGAGUGCUCUCCAGAAUGAUGGAAGAGGUCGAAGCUUCUAUAAUGUAGCCAGCAGUGGUAACUUCGGCAACUUCGUCAACUUGGCAAACUUCGGUGACUUGGCCAAUCUGGGCAACGGAAUGACGAUGGCGAGAAGCAAUCAUGAUGGUAGUACCGGUAGUAACAGUGCGUGGUUAAAUACUGGGGGUUCGCACCAGCAUCAGCUACAGCAUCAUCAGCAGAAUCCCCUUCACCAAUACCAGCAGUACCAGCAUCAGCUACAGCAUCAUCAGCAGAAUCCCCUUUACCAAUACCAGCAGUACCAGCAUCAGCUGCACCAUCAGCACAAUCGGGACACGUACUUCUACAAUUACCUCCAACACAGAGUGAACAGCCAAGGGAACGACGAAGGCGUGAGUAACGGCAACGAUGUCAAUGAAAACAGCGAUAAUGAAAACGGGAAUAACGGCUUCCCCAAUGGGGGCAUCGAUGACGCGAGGAAUAACAGCAAUGCGAAUGGAGCGACUGGCCCGAGCGGCGCGAACGGGACGAGUGGUUCCAGCGGCAAUCAAAACAGGGGACAUCACAGUAGUGGGAGUAGUACCACCAAUCGUUAUAACGGGUAUAUGAGCCGACAUCAAAAGGGGCAGCCCACCCGCGAUGAUUCCAAUCGAGGCAAUCGACGUUAUCACGGAGACAACCUUCUCAACGACAUGAUCAGAGUUAACGCCGAAAGAAGUCAAAUAAACAGAGAAUGCUACUACAAUUCGCCCCUAGGAAGAAACCUCCUAGGCGUGAACUACGAAGAAGUUGUCUCUCCCAGGCUCUUUGCUCACGCAAGCCACGAUGGAAGUAUGUACCUGCAUGGUGUGGGAAGAAUCAACCCAGUAGUAUGCAGUGGACCCAUUGCAGUAGCAAACAUCGUCCGCAGCAACAGUCUGAAGCCGUGCCAGAGUAUCCGAGUGCAGCAUGUGGAAGAGAGUCCCAGUCACUAUUACCAUAGCAGUUUAGAUCAAAGUCACGAAAUGAAAGUAAGAAGGGAUGAGGAAGGUGAAAACCAAAAUGAGGAGAGCUACCAAAAUGUGUACUCGAAUGAUCAUGGACAAUGCAUCUACAUGGGUGUAGUGAACCAACCACAGAGGAGUAGUGAUGCCAUCGUCCCGUAUAAAAACCUUCGCAGUACCUCCAAUUGUCAGAGGAAAAUGAGCAUGAACCCGUACAAGAAGAGCAACAAGGGAAGCAACGAUGUAGUAGACGCUCGCAAUGGGUUGGUCUAUUGGAGCCCCGUCAGCGAAGGCUGUUGGAACGUCGUGAAUGAGAGGGAUUUUCUCGGCAACAGCGUUUCGAGCGAUGUGGCCUGUAGUGGAUGUGGAAGGACGGACAAUUACUCCAAACCGCAGAGCGUCUACAAGAAGAAGAGGCAUCACGCGGAAACGUUUAUGUGCGAUAGCGUCUCCACCUCGGAAGAGGAAGAAGAACAACAACAAGAAAAGCGAAAUAGUCUUAGCGAGGGGGGAAACCUGAACGAGGGCGCCCAGAUGGACGAGCAGGGAGAGUCGAACAUCCAAGAUGAGGAGGACCAUUACGGUGGAAGAUGGGAUGCCAAUUGCGAUGCUAGCUGCUGGGACGACGUGAGCACGAAGAACAUCAACACCGCCGCAGCCCAGGCAGCCCUAUUUAACGAAAUUGAGCCGCUCAAGUUGAUUUACGACUACAUCCACGACCAAGGGACAAACGAGAUUGCCAACUCCGGCAUCAACCAAAGACUCAUAUGGGAAGAAAAUGAAGAAAUGAUGAACCUUCUAAAUAGCUCCAACGUGAAGACGAAAAAAAUUAGCUCCCUGAGCAUAUUCCCAAUGGUGCAUCUGCCAUUCUACCACUCUGAGCAUAGACAGAUGGAGGAAAACCCCCUCGAGGGAAAAGAAAACACGAGAAGAGUGUUAUACACAGAACAUGAUAUUUCUUGUGAACAUAAUGGGAUGCUGUCUUCGAUAAAGAUGAGUAACUGA